GAGAUCAUGACUUAUGUCAAAGAGCAGGAAGCCUCCAGGAGGCUCAUGGUUUUCUUGCAGGAAUCGGAUAGUGCCCACAAAGUUGCCCAAAGCCACAUACUGGACAACUUCAUUAAAAGCAAUGACUGCAGGACAGAACCAGUACUGGAGCUGGAGUUCUCCCAGGGAGCCAGCUUGUUUCUGGCUCACCUAGCAGCAUGGCUCAGGAUGACAUAUGUGCUUCCUUGGAGGUGGCACUGCACGUGCCUCAGCAAGCUGCUCAGGCCUUCCAUUGGCAUCUUUCUAUCUCCUGCAGGCAGACACAGAUACCUUAUUUAAUUCCUGGACAUCGGGGGUGUCUUGAUUCUCCUGGAAAUACUAGGGCUGAACUACCACAAAGCCGAGGACAAGAGGGAGUCUGUAAAGCUGCUGCAGCUCAGCGCAGAUGCUGGCAGGAAGUAUAUGGAGCUCAUCUGUGAAAGCUACGGAGUGCGAUCCCUUGCCAAGUUCUUGGCCACUUCCAACUCAGCAGAUGCUCAAGAAGACAUGCAUAUUCUGCUGGACUCUUUGGGCUGCAGCAAUCCCAAGUACCAGAACCAAGUCUACAAAGGCCUCAUUGAUGUGCUGCCAUGUGCCUCCCCCCAAACCCAGCAGCUGGCUCUGCAGACACUAUGUGUCAUGCAGGACGUGGUAGGAGAGGCACCCACAGCAGUGGUGGAGCCGCUGCUGGGUGUGCUGCACUCCACGCACCUGCAGGUCCAGCACGAAGGGUGCACUGCGGAUCGGCGCCGCAGCCCCGUUAAAUUUGGUCGUUCCCGCGGGGUCCCGCUGUCCGGGUGUGGGGCAUUGCCCGUGUACGCCGUAGGCAGAGUGACGAACCAUAGCGGCGGGGACCGGGCGCGAGUGGCUCGGUCGCCGUACCCAGCAGCACCUGGCCUGAAAGAACCCAAGCUGGUGUAUACGCAGCAGGCAGCUGCUGCAAAAAUCGUUGAUGUCUUAGCCAAGGAGUCAGCGGAAGUGGCUGAGGAGCUGAUCUGGAUGAAGGUGGUACAUGGCCUGAUGGUUGCUGUGGGGAACCUGGAUUAUGUGGGCAACGAGAGGUAUGCCAGCAUCUCCCUAGAGUAUUUUGUCCACACAUUUCUCUUCAUGGAGGAGUGCAUGAAGAAUGCACUAGGGGACACACUGUUCCAGCACUUCAUGGACAGACCUGAGACCUGGUACACAAAAAUGGAUCCACCCCAGGCAGAAGUACUGGCCUCCAUUGUGAUAGAUAACCCUUUAAGUCAUGGCAAGGAUACAGUCCACAGGUGUAUGCAGAGCUGCUGA